AUGCAGUCACUUGAUGCCAUUGUUGUUGGGGCUGGAUUCUCAGGAAUCAGCGCCCUGUAUCAACUUCGGCAGCAAGGGCUGAAUGCCAAAUUGUUUGAAAAAGCCCCUGAAGUUGGCGGUGUCUGGUACUGGAACAAAUACCAGAAUGCAGCCAGCGAUACUCCCAGCGAACUCUACAGAUUCAGCUGGGAUAAAGACAACCUGCAAACUUACCCAUGGCCAACCCAUGUUCUCCCUCAAAAGGAGAUCCAGGGCUAUCUAAAGCACAUUGUGGAUCACUAUGGCUUGAGGCAGCAUAUUCACUUUUCUUCUGAGCUCAAGUCCGCGUCCUUUGAUCAGGCUACAUGGACUGUCAAAUUUUCCACGGGUGAAAGCUUCAAGACAACAUACUUGAUUCUUGCUGUUGGCACGUUUAACAAGACCGUUUGGCCUAAUUUCCCUGGUCAGGAUAAAUUCAAGGGUGAACAAUACCACACAGGGCUUUGGCCCGAGCAUCGCGACAUGCGAGGCAAGCGAGUCGGAAUCAUUGGGACCGGCUCUUCAGGCGCUCAACUUGUCGUCGGCCUUGCAGACGAGGCCAAACAGGUCAUCUCGUUCCAGCGCUCAGCGCAAUACGUGGUUCCCAACAACAAGAGCCCCGUGCCAGUCGAAUACAGAGACAGAGUCAACAAGACGUACGACGACAUAUGGGCCAAAGUUCGAAAGUGCCCGCUUGGAUGGGGCUAUGAUUUAAAGACUACAAAGACGUUUGAUGUCAGCCCGGAGGAGAGAGAAGAGGUCUUUGAGGCGGCGUGGAACUCUGUAUGGGGCUUCUCCAUGGCGUUUGACACAUUUGCGGAUGUUGUGACGGACGAGGCGGCAAACAGAGAAGUGUGCCGCUUCAUCCAGAACAAGAUUAACACAAUUGUCAAAGAUCCCAAGAAGCGCGAGACGCUCACGCCGCCCGCGGAUGCUCUCUGGGACAAGCGACCGGUCUGCUGUGCCGGCUACUACGAGGCCUUUAACAAGGAGAAUGUGGACGUUGUCAACUUCAAGAAGACGCCCUUGGUCCAAGUCACUGAAAAGGGCAUCCGGACUUCAGACGCCGAGUACGAGCUGGACGUGAUUGUCUACGCCACCGGCUACGAACAAGACGGCAGCUGGGCCGAAAUCGACAUCACCGGGCCCAACGGCAAGUUGUCUGAAAGAUACGCCGAGGGCUCAACCGCCUAUCUAGGCGUCUCCAAGGCGGGAUUCCCGAACCUCUUCUUCAUGAUUGGGCCGCAGACGCCGCUCGCCAACAUCCCGUCCAUUGCCGUGUGGCAAGGCGAGUUCCUGGUGCGGCUCAUCUCCAAAGCCGAAAAGGCCAAGAAGGAAACGGGCAAGCCAGUUGUCGUAGACGCCAUUCAGGAGAAUGAAGACGAGUGGGUGAAGCAGUGCAAUGCAAUUGCCGCGGCAACGGUCUUUCACAAGGGAAACUCGUACUUUUUCAGCGACCACAACACCCCUCGAGCGCCCAAGGAUGGGAGCAGACAUGUGCUGUGGAGUCUCGGGGGCUUUCAUUCCGGCAACGUGCCAUUCUUUACACUUGGUGCGUGA